AUGGCCGUCCAUUCCAAGAAUGAGGCCUUGAUGUGUAAGGUGUUCUUAUCCAGUCUGGCACUUGUGGCGAUGAGAUGGUUUGAUGGCUUGGGGGCAGGUUCCAUAAAUUUCUUUAAGGGGCUCACUCAAGCAUUUGGUUCUCGUUUUAUUACUUGUAGCAGGGUUCAUCGACCCUUAAAUUCCCUACUAUUCUUAUCCAUGCGAGAGGGGGAAACUCUGAAAAAAUAUUCGGACAGAUACUGGGAAAUGUUCAAUGAGAUAGAUGGUGACUUUGAUGACGUGACCAUCAGCACUUUCAAGGUUGGCCUCCUAGUCAAGCACGGUUUAAGGAAGUCUUUGAUGGGAAAGCCUAUCACCAAUGUGCACCAACUUAUAUUUGAGAUUGACAAGUAUAAAAGGGUUGAGGAAGACCUACAGCAGGGGAAAGGUAAGGCUAAGGUUAUCCCUCAGGAGAAGAGGGAUUUUAGGUCGGAUUGGUACAAUAAAAACCGACCUCGGACAGACUUUACUGGGCAGCUAGGGCCUACUAAUACUUAG